AUGAAUUUUAAUAGUGAAGUUGAUACAGAGGAUCGUAAGAUUGUCGAAAAAUCAUUAAGUAAUAUUUGUGAAAAUAAAGUUUCUGAUGAGAUUAUACACAAUCUUCCAUCAGUAUCUAAUACAAAUUUAAGUAAUUUAAUUAAUUGUGACAACCGUUCUGAAAUUAAGUCUGUUUCAUGUGAAUACAAUGAUAACAUGACAACAUCUUUACCGGAGAAUACAAGUAAAAAUGUUACAAAAGGUGAUGUUCCCAUAGGAAUAAAUAAUGUUACUACUCAAUGUGAAGGAGUUGAGGUUAAAAAUAAUCAGAACCCUUCACAAACACAUAAGGGGAGAUGGGAAUGUAUUGAUAUUACUGAAAAUGAAGGAAAUGAUGAGAGCGAAUUUACACAUAUUAAUGGAAGACUAUUUAAUGGGGAAGAUUUUUGUGAUAACACAAAAGUAUCUGGAAAACCAGGACAUAUUGAAAAAUUAGGUGAUUUAAAUAUUAAGGAUAUUUCAUCAACAACCAAAAGUAUUCAAAAUAGUAUAAUUAGUAAUCAAAAUGGUAUUGUUAAUUCACCAAUUGACUCUUCAGAUACAGUGACUAAAAAAGUUGUUACAGAAACUUCUAAUCAAUCUAAUGGUUCUUCGAUUGCUUCAACUAAUUUACCAUUGUCAAAUUCUUCUAACCAAAAUGUUAAAAAAAUUAAAAAUAUACUUAAUCAUUUACCAUUAACAGUCAAUCCAAAUAGUAUUAUUCCACCGGUACCUUCAGCUUCCACAACACCAACACAUAUUGUUGGAAAUACCUUUACUAUUCCGAAUCAACAAUAUCAAGGAACUCAGAAUGUUAAUAAUGUACUUCCUAACAAUGUAGUUGGUGGUGGAACAAAAGUUUUGAAUAAUGGAAUCCCUGAUGAAAGUUCUUUAACUUUUUCUAAUUCAAACAACGGUGAAAGAGUAAGAUUGGGAAAUAAUUCUCCAUCUCUUAUAGGUAACAUUGGUGGUAGUAUGCCUCCGGUAAAUAAAACAAACCCCACCACUAUAACAUCUGGUAAUGGAGGACAAAAUUCGAAAAAAACUAGUAAUGCAUCUAUCAUUAGUAAUGAUAAUAUUUCUAAUGCUGGUAACAAAACAGCACCCUCUACCGUCGGUAUGAAUAAUAUUUUUGGAUUUUUUGAAAAAAAUGGUGAGAAUGAUGGAAAUAUUAUGUUUAAAGAGGAUAACAAUGAUAAAGGUGAUGAUCAUAUUGGAUCUAAAAUUAAUCAAGCAAUGGAUUUGGUAAAGUUUCAUCUUUCUCGUUCUAUAAGACAGGAGUAUGAUCAAUUAAAUGCUCAGAUUGCUGAGCUUAAAAAUAAAGUGCAAGUUUUAGAAUGUCAGAAUAAUAUCUUAAAAUCAUUUGCUCCAGAAGAUAUUGUACAAAACUUAAAUGUUCUAUCAAAAACUAAUCCAUCUACCAAUAAUACGGGAAUUUCUGGUUCUGGAUCUGUUUCGGCAACAACAACAAAUAAUGUCGGAACAAUUAUUAAUACAGAAAAUAGUGGAUUAAGUAGAAAUUCAUCAACAAAUAAUUUUAUGACUUCUCCAAAUUACACUAGUAAGCAGAGUAUCGAAGUAAAUAACAAAGAUUCAAAUGGUACUUAUAAAACUAUUUCUGAUCAACAAACAAAUAUUUCAUCACAUUGUUCUUCCGUAAAUCAAAGUACAUGUACUCCAUCACCACCAAAUGGGACACAUAGUAUUGGGGUUUCAAAUUAUAUUAUUAAUAAUAGUGGGAAUAUCUUAUUAAAUGAUGAACAACGUCAAGGUCAACCUAUUGAAGAGAAUGUCUCAUCUACAAAUAAUACUUUUCAUGAUGUGAAGCGUAAAAUAUCUGGUUCUAGUGAAGCUCAAAGCUCUUCUGUUGGAGGACGGACAACUUGUAAUUUGCAAGACAACAACACUUUAAAUACAAAUGACAAUGCUGCAUUAUUAACUAACAAUGAGAAAAAUUUAGAUGUAGUUAGUGUGAAUCAAUUAACAAAUGAAAAUAGUAGAGAAAUAUCUACACAAACAGACAAGAAAAUUGAUACAAAACAUAAAGAAAAUUUAGUAACAGAAAAUGAACAAAUUUUGAGUAGUAAUUUAAAAAAUAUAUCUAAAGAAAAUAAGUUUUCUUUACCAUCUAAUAAUGUGAUGGGAAAUGGUAGAAUUGAAACAACAGAAAUUGCUUCUCAAAAUAAAGAUUUUACAGCUUCACAUAUUACAAAUAAUACAAUGGUUCAAAACAAUAAUGCGGAAAAUACUAAAACAGAAGUAUCUUCGUCAUGUGUUACAUCAGAACAAGUUAAAAAAAUUUCUAAUGGUAUUGAAAAAAAUGGGCAUAAUAAUGAUUUUGAAGGGAGGGGACCUUCACCUGCUAAAAAUUCUGGAGGAAUUGAUAAAAAAAUUUCACCACAUAUUAAUAAUACACCUAUAAUGAAGAGUCAAUCACAAUCAAAUAUUGAGAAGAAUAAGGAUAAACCACAACUUCAGACCAGAAAAUUGUCCCAACAGCUUGCUUUGUUACUUAACCAAAAUGAAAGUAUUGGUAACAAACAAAAUAAUACCUAUAGUGAUUGUCAAAAGCAACAAAAGAACUUUUUAGAUAAAACAAAUACAAAGACAAAACAUGAAUUUAAAAAAAAUAACUUUGAGAAAGAAUACCAGGAUAAUGUUAAAAAUGAUAUUAUAUCGAAAAAUAAUAUUUCUUUAGAUUAUAUUGAGAAUGAACAAUCUUCGCAACAACAGGAAGUAGGACCAUCACAGGAGUUACGUCAAUAUCAAAGUUGUGCUCAGAAUGGUAAGACAAAAUCAAUAAAUAAAGGAACUGCAUCUUCUAAUGCAUCGAAAAUUAUGAUGAUUCAAUCUCCAUUAAAUUGA